AUGAGGAAAACCUCAAAUCAUAUGGCAGCGGAGUACAACAAGACGAAAGCAAAUAGAUUGAAGCCGGAGAGUGACGAAAUGAUGAUUGUUGGGCAGUGCGAUUUCUUUAGUUGGAAUUGGGAAUCAGAAAAUGUGCAUCGGGCACGCUUGUCGAUUCGAUCAAAUGAAAUCGAUCCUUCAAUUCUGGAUGAUUGCGACGCUAUUUCAAACUCAAAUAAGAAGAAGAAAAGUCGGAAUGUGAACAGUUCCCAAUCUAAAGAUGGCUUUCAGGAGUUCAAAUGUUUUAAGGAGAAAAUCUUUGAAGACGAAAAUGCGUCAUUCAUUCUGAAAAAGAUGCAAGGACUCGGUCAAGAACUGCAGAUGUGCGAAGCCCGCCAAGAGGCUUUGACCCGAAACCUUCAGGAUAUCUUGCAAACUCAGGAAAUUGGUUCUAUUGAUGAGUAUCAAUAA